CCACACAUGCUUGACAUCAUCUGAACCAAAUAAAUGUAUCUUGGUCUCAUCAGACCACAGGAUAUGGUUUCCAGUAAUCCAUGCCCUUAGUCUGCUUGUCUUCAGCAAACUGUUUGCGGGCUUUCUUGUUCAUCAUCUUUAGAAGAGGCUUCUUUCUGGGAUGACAGCCAUGCAGACCAAUUUGAUGCACUGUGCAGUGUAUGGUCUGAGCACUGACAGGCUGACCCCCCACCCCUUCAACCUCUGCAGCAAUGCUGGCAGCACUCAUACGCCUAUUUCCCAAAGACAACCUCUGGAUAUGACUCUGAGCACGUGCACUCAACUUCUUUGGCCAACAAUGGCAAGGCCUGUUCUGAGUGGAACCUGUCCUGUUAAACCACUGUAUGGUCUUGGCAAUCUUCCU